ACAUAUUUGCCCUCUGAAUAAAUUAGAAAUUACCAUGAUUUCCAACAUAAAUCCCACGUACAACCAGUAAGCCAUAUAUCAACACAAUUUUCGCCAAAAUCAGAGACGGCUCUAAUACCGCAAUAGACUGGGUUCCAGAAUUGUUGUGUAUUUUCAAUUCGAAAGCACUAGAACAUGAGUUCUGGGAUGCAAGAUAGUAGUGGUCGGAUUAAUAAGACAAACACGACACGUCGAGCUUGGUCAAGUAGGGAGGAAGAGGUUCUUUUGGCGGCCUUGAAGGAGUUAGUAGCUGAAGGUUGGAAAUCCGACAACGGAUUUCGUGCGGGAUACUUGAAGAAAUUGGAGGAGUCAAUUAAAAAAAUAAUUCCAACAACCGACUUGAAAGGCAUGCCGCAUAUAAAUUCAAAAAUAACGACUUGGAAGAAGGAUUAUAACUCACUAACGAACAUGUUGAAGAUUACUGGCGUGGGCUUCAACGUGCAGGGCACGCACAUGAUCGAUGCCACUGAUGAGCAAUGGGAUCAUAUUAGGAAGGUGGAUGGCAAUGCAAAAAACAUGCAAUUUAAAAGUUUUAAGUACUUUGAUCAAUGGUCUGAAAUCUUCGGGAAGGACAGGGCCACCAGAGACGUCGCUGAAGAUUUAACGGAGGCAGCACGUCAGAUGUAUCACAACAUCAAUCUCACCCAACCUCAGGACGUCGAUGGUGAUUACCAUGUCACGCUAGAUGAUGUGAAUGAAGACGUACCUCUUGCUGACAGUGUUAGCCAAACCCAGCAAGCCGAGUCUGAUGUACGCCCUCCUAAGAAAUUGAGAAAGAAGGGUGGCGGGGGCGACAAGAUGUUGGAGUACAUGGCCGAAAUCAGCCGCGACACUAAAAUUUCACUUGACACAAUCGCAGGUCGAAUGGGCCAUGAUCAAGAUAUCUCCAAGGCGAGGAAGGAGGUCUAUGCUCAACUGAAUUCAAUCAGUGGAUUGUCCCAAACAGAGAAGUUCGAAAUAACCAAUAUGUUAGCCAAAGAAGUUGAGCUCCUAGAUGUGUUCACAAGUCUACCCGAAGAUGCGAAUAAGGAGUACGUUUACCACCUUCUUGAGGAGAAGAAGAAAAAGUACAAUGGUGGAAGUAAUUUGGAGUGAUGGUAUUUUGUUCAUAAGACAAUGCAUAUGGAGUGAACUAUGUGAAAGAUCUUUUGUUUUGAACAUGAUUUGUUUCAAUUUAUGCUUCUUUUGUGGUUGAAUUUAUCUAGGAUAUUUGGUUAGUUGAACUUUUUCGAUGCCUUAUUUCCAAAUGAAG